UAAUCUCUCUCUUACAAUUUUCUCUCCUUCAUAAAAUUUAUGUGUUUGUGUAUUGCUAUCAAAAUUGGUUUAAAUACGUACAUACGAAAAUGCCUGACACGGAUAAAAGGCGUUCUGCGUUUAUGGAAAACAGUUUAGCUGACCAAGCGCUACCAAUUCCCAUACAGAUUUUUCUAUGGCGACAAAUAAGUCCCUUUAUAAGGCCUAAAUUAGGCAAACUUCAUGAGGCAUCGUGUACGUUUUGCCAACAAGCCCCACCAGGACAUCACGAAUUAAAAGAAGCCUGCAAGUCAUUUGAGAAAGUGUUGGUGCAAAAUAUCCAGUUUGGUUUAAAACCAGACUUAACUGAAGCCAUCAGAUCGAUUCCCAGAUGGCGGCUCAUUCAAGCUGCUCUACCCCAUGUAAUGCACUGCAUUGCAACCUUAUUACACAAUAAAAUGAAAGAUGGUACAUUGCUCAAUCUUGGUGCCGUGGAGACAAAGCUUCUAUAUACUCUCCACUGGAUCAUACUAGAUGCGGCCGAGGAAUGCGCCGAUGCCGACUUCGAAAAAGGAACCUAUCAAAGCUCAACGUUUUACUACUUAUUUUCUAUCCCAACCAUAUCACUCUUUGUCUAUUUAUUCGCACCCAUUUGCCACAUGCUGAAGGAGUCCGACUUUCAAACCUUCCGUUUAGAGAACGGUCUAAAAUUGUGGCAGGCAAUGUGGGAAUUUCGCCAUCCCGAGACCACGUGCUUCACAGCUCACGUUAAGCCCAAGCCUAAAAGUUUGUUGGGGAAGAAUAAAUACCCGCACACGCAAUUCGGAGACGUUUUCAUUGGACGUAAGCAGUCUAGCGAAGAAAUUAAAAGUCAGGGAAGUCCAAGUCAAGUUGAUGAUCAAGCCAUGUUUCCUCCGCCUGGUGCUACAGUUACUGUUACGGCUACGAUUACUACAAAAGAUGAAGAUUGCGGUUGGGUUUCUUCGCCUAAGGAUACUGUGUUUCCCGAAACGAUACCGGAGGAGAGUUCCAGCACCGAAGAAGAGCACGUUGUUAUUUUUCGUCUCCCUUCGCUUCACGAGUCUGAUGGGUUUUUAAGGGAUCCCUCUAUCUACACUGCGGAGACGAGUCUAUUUCAACUGGCCAUGACAAAGAAUGGUACAGGCCGGCCGUAUUUUAAAGUUGAGCAGGUCACCGCAAUUUCCGCAUCUGACACGAAACAAGCUAAAUCGACACCGACUUUGCAAAAAUUUGGGUCAUUAACAGAUAAAGAUUCAAUUGAUAGCAGCAGUAAGAGACCAUCGACCGAAGGUCCGAUUGGCGAACCGCGAAGUUUGCACAAAAUUUGGAGUGGAAGCCAAACGGGCGAUUUGUCAUCUGCGACAUUUUUGGACGUGGCGGUGCUGCGAUGCCUGUUUAUAUCGCACUGGCAGGAGGAGGGAAUCUACUGGGCCCUUCAUUACUUAUAUAAUCGAUUGCGGGAUAUUAGUGAAGAGAUAGUCGGACAGCAACAGCCGCGCCGACGCAGCAAUUCGCUUCCGAUUCCUAAAAUUGAGGUAUCGGUCUACCAAAGCCCCGAAUCAAAGAAACAAGAGAUAAGCUUGGAAGUGCCAGAAGUUAAGGAUUUAUCAUUGUUAACAGAAUCUCCAUACCACGGUCAAAAGUUACCAGAAGACAGCCCUAGUCAUACAAGACGAGCAAGUGAGAAAGUGAAAAAGAAGAUGAAAAUGGCCGACCUCAAGGCAUUUGUAGAAACGAAGCUUUUAUCGAAGUCCGACAAAGCGUUAGAAAAAAUAGGGCAUGAUGAACCAAAACCCUUCGGUGAACAAGUGGUGGGUGACAGACAUAUUAAUUUAUAUGAUUACCAUCGCAGUUUGGAUACGGGCGAUGAGCAUCUGUCAAAAACGCAUUCGACAACACCAAAAUUUUUUGAAGCAAUUCCAACCAAUUUGGUUAAAGGAAAAAGUAUGCCUAGCUUAAGCUGUUUGAUAGAUGAGUUGACGGCUGGAGGAUACAUUGGUGAAAUACAUUGGGAUCGGAGACGAACCAGCAAAUCCGAAGCGCCGAAUCGACGUACGAUUAACCCAAUCAUUACGGUCACUGAGCAUACACCGACGCCAUCUCCUGAUUUCUUACGAAGACAAGGUUCGAUUGAUAGUCAGUUGGAUGCUAUUAGCUUUGGCGUGGCGAAGCCUCCGGCACGUUGGACUGAGCGCAAAGCAAGUUUGACUAGAUCGCAAACCGAUUCUAACAUCACGUACACUACAGAAGAUAUUCCAGAAGCUCCUGGUGCUUUCUGUUACAUAACUAAAGAUGGUGAUAUUGAUAUACAAGUCGUUUUAAAGGCAACACAUGCUGCCGUUCUAAAGGAUAAUAGCUGUUGUACACUAAGAGUGCUCGAAGUAAUCCUAAACUUGGUGGAGCUCCUAAUGGACCUGGGGGUUUUAAAACAGUGUUUGCGAGAAGAGGUUUUAGCGGAACACACCCCAACCUCCGUAGCCGAUUCCAGUCCUGGUAGUAAACCAGGUAAAAAAUCCCAGACGAAUCCAAAUUUGGGAGGACCGGAAACUGACGCCAUUAAUAAAUCAGUGUCCUCCCAUUAUCUUCUUAUGAAUAUUAUUGUCAGGGUGUUGAAACAUUUGGGUUGUCCACAUGGUUGUGCGGAUGGUCAACGUGGACCGGCCGCCGAAUUCUUACGGACACAAUGUCAGAACGCGUUCGCAAAACUCCACAGAUCGAGUAGCAAGCAAUUUACAAAGUUUUUGCGAGACUACGUUAAUUACCAAUCGCUCUCUGAUGUUCUUGAUCUCUUUCACGCUUAUGUCGGUUUCUGUAUUGAUCCGAGUUCACUCCUUUCGCCUCUCAACCAGAAGCGGGGCUCUAGCAAGUCGCCAGACAAUGUGUCGCAAAGUGGUUAUGCCACGAACUUUGGCGCAGGCCUGGGUGGUGGCGGUCUUCGUGGCAUCGAAGGUCAAGUCAUCUCGCACGUCUUCAAAGCGCUAGUCACCCGCUUCGUUAAGUCGACCAAAGAGAUUAAGGCGAUGGAAAAUCUGUCAAUGUAUUGCGAAGUAAGGCAACUUAUCACUUAUGUAAAAGAAGCGCACGGAAGCACAUUUAGGCGUGUUGCACUCAGCGCACUACUUGAUACCGCUGAUCGGCCGCAUAAAAAAGAAUCAGAUUUGCAAACGACUCGGGUUAUAAGACAUAUACAGCAAACUGAAGUGGAAGAGCCAGAACCUACAGAAGUGGUGGCGGAACAGUCAUUUUCUGAUGACCGAAGCGUUAGAAAGUUAUUAUUUAAAAAACGUAGUACAUCGUCUACGUGCGCAAGUCUACUCGAAACUGAAGGCGAGGAGGCAGCAAAGGCCAGCCAAAGCCCUCUCACUAACAUAAGAAAGAAACACCACAUCUUAACUCCCAGGCAGAGUGAAAAAGCGCUUGGUAUCGGCGACGCUGGUCUGAUCAAACCGAAAUCCAAAUCGAGAAUCGGGGGAAUUGUUAACUGGUUUAAACGUGACACUAAUGCGACAGACAACAACGAAAAUCUUGACAGCAGCGAAUCGGCAACGGACGCAUCGAGCUUUGUUAAACAGAAGCAUCAGACACAAAAGCCACCGACAAAAUCUGCCAGUGCGAGCAAUGUCAGCCAGACGUUUCAAAGAGCGAAACGGCGCAUGGAAGACAGAUUUAGCAAAUACGUCUUUAAAAAGGGUAAAAAGAAAGACGGGGGCGCCGAGGAGCCCGCGGGAAGCUACUUGAGCAGGCGAAACUCUUUGGAAUUGGGCGAAACGUCGAGGGAAUCUGAGUUUGUCGUUUUAAAAGAACGAAAACUAGUCUCAACGCUACCGGUAUUAAAUGGAAUCCUACGCUUUUCGUUCCUUUUAGAAACCUGCCCGCCCGGCUCGGUUCCGGAUCCACACCUACUGGCAGCGAUUCUCGAUUUGCCGCACUCUGCUAUUGUAUCCAGAGCAGCAGUUCUGCUGGAAUGUUCGUACUUUGUGCACUGUUGCAAUAAGGGACAGUGGCCUUCGUGGAUGAAGCUUAGUUUUCCAAUGUUUCGACCGUCGGGACCGUUGCCAACACGUGGUCCCAAUUCCGGUAUACGUCGCUCGCAUAUUACCCAACGCGCGGCUGGUAAAAUGUUUUACCAAUGGGCUGAGAUAGUGGGUGCGCGGUUGGAGGAGUUAAUUAAUGAAGAUAAAAAUCAUCAAGCGCACAUUUUAAACUUAGUGGCGGACGAAGGUAAACAAAAAGAGCUGUUGAUGCAAGACGAAGAAGAAGACUUCUUAGAUGAAGCUAGCAUUAAUACGUACGGUUCUAAUUGUCCAAUGCCGCUGCGACUAAUUGCAUGCGUCUUAUUAUAUGAAAUAACAACGUUUCUUCGUGAAACCUACCAAACGUUACCGAAAUCGUCCCGAAUGUUUGGGAAGGAAAAGCCUCAAGCUUGGGAUCGCAUGUACAGUAAGGAGGCAAACAGGCGAUGGAGUAUGGCGCUCUCAUCCAUGGGGCACUCACAGACCUCAGCUCAAAGUCUGCAAUCAAUUGCCGGAGACCGCGAAUCAGGUCAGACCGAGCGAAAGAUUAGUUUUGUGCUACACGAACCGGAUGUCGAAUCUGAAGGAAGCAGUAAUACAACUGGCGAAGAAGUGAAGCGCAUUGUGCCGCAACCUCGUCCAUACUUACUACGUCGCAGUAACGCAGCGACCACGGCUGGUGGUUCUUUUAAACGCAGAAGCUUAAAGCUGAGACGAGGUACCAAAGAAGGCAAAGAUAUGGAGGUUGAAUGGAAAAUCCCAGAAACUGUGAAAAGAACCGAUUCAAUUCAGUCAAAACGAAAAGUGAGCUCUUUAUCGGAUCGCAGCGAUAAUUCAGAACCUGGUGCCACAGGAGAAGCAAGUGGGGAAGAAUCGCCAGGUGUCUUGAGCGAUGAUCAACCUCCAGAGAGCCCCAGUGAUAGUAACGAUACAGACGACACAACCAAGCACAUGCCUUGGCUAAAGGCCAUGGUGCAGAUAUCAAAUUCCUUUUAUUUUUAUUGCACUCAUCAACACUUCUGCCACCCGUACUGUUACCGCCGCAUUAUUCGCGGUACAUCACGAUUGAUAAAAGCAGUGCGCAAGGUGUACGGAGAGGAGUUUGGUGUGCUCUCUGAAGAUAAACAAGACAUUCAAUUUGAAUUAAAAGGACACAAGCGUAAGAAAUAUAAAGGACAAAAUCGAAAGGUGUCCGAUCAGACGAGCUCACAAGUAUCUCCAAUUCGACGUAAAGACAGCAUGGCAAAACGAGACAGAAUUGAUAAAAAUUUGAAUGGUUCCCAAACGAGUAAACUCGCGUCGAAAGACUCCUCAAAAGAUUUGGCCGAUUCUGAUAUAGAACGUGACAUAUCCGGGGUCGUUAUUGACAAUAAACCCAAAGAGCAACCACCAAUUUUAAAGUAUAUCAAAACUCAGGUUAAAGAUGGGUUUCACAGUCCGCUCGCUGUAUUACUGAAAGGGGCAGUGAUAAUGACCGAAGAACAGUUUUUGGACAUAAUGCGCGUAGCUUGGGAAUUUCUCUUGGAGUGGAAUCAAGAGAUUGCGGCGUGUGCAGCCUCGCUGUUUAUUCUGUGUUCGGUUAAGGUACCUCAACAAGUUUCCGACCUGAUGCAUCAAAGUCUGUCGAAUACGGAUCCUUCUGUACGAAUUAAUUCGGUGCUAAGGUUUCAAGUAUUGUGGAAACUGCGAUAUCAGGUUUGGCCUCGAAUGGAAGAAAACGCGCACAUUUUAUUUAAAGUCCCCCCACCUGGCAUUGAAUUUACACUGCCAUCCCCAAAAAUUGGAAUCGAGUGCCUUGAAGUUGUAGAUUCACCUUGGAAGCUGCACGUUAAGACGAAAGUAGAAGAGGUGGCACUUAAUCAGGAAAGACAUCGAUCUCUAGUCACUGCUACCAAAACUCGUAAAAAACAACAAGCGGAAAUGGUGAAGAUGUUUCUACAAUCGGAAGACGAUAAGAAAAGGGCGGAGCGUGAAAACUUCCUUAUAACAACAAUUCCGAUCACUAUACAAGCAGGUCACGAACCGAGUCUUUACCACACAGCAGGAGAGGAGCACGAAGAAGUUGCAGGAGAUGAUGACCCCAUAGAGGGACAGUCACGUAACGCCGGUCAUCACCAGCACUCGGCCCAUUCCCUCUUUCCGUCCUGCCUUUGCUCUGCUGUUACGGAAAUAAUCGGUCUAUUAGACGAUGCAGCUGUGGCGCCCGAUGGAAACGCUGUAUACGAGGUGGCCUACGAGGUUAUUUGGUGCUGUCUUGUCGAAGACAGUGCUUUGUUCUUACGCUACAUUUUGGAGAAAUUGACUAGGGAAAAGCAAGAUCAAAUUUUUAAAGUGUUGCGUCAUUUAAUACGUUUUAUACCCAAGCUACCACAACAGGCAGCUUUCGCCUUAUAUAAUUAUAUAAUUGGUUACGUUAUGUUCUAUGUACGGACCCCACACGAAGAUGGACAAAAAUUAAUUGGAACUGCUCUUUCGUUAUUGUGGAUGGUUGUGCAUAGCGUUCACGGAAUAAUGUUUAAAGAUCUGAAGCAAAUAUUACGAAAAGAACAAUGCGACACCUCCAUACUCCUAACGGCAAACGUACCAUCGGCAAAGAAAAUUAUAGUGCACGGUCCCCAAGAUCCCGACGCUGGCGGAAUUCCAUCGCAAUUCCCGGUACAGGAAGAUACUCAGUUCUGUCAAAUUUUACGCGAAUCGUUAGACUUCUUUGGCAUAGACGAAGCUCGCCAUAAAGAAUUUUUCUUGGUCGACUACAAAACACAUCAAAUUCGAAGUCCUUCCUCUUACGUCCGUGACUUUUACUUCUUUAAACGCUCGCAGUAUCCUCAAUUGGAGUUGGUCCAUAUGAAACCGGAAGAGGCAUUUAAUGCGCUGCAGCGCCAAGAGUUGGUUUACAAGUUUGUCGAAAUAGGCAAAGUGCUGCUGACGUGGGCGAUACUUAAAAACGUUGACAUGGUCGUGCAGCGAGUCGUAUUUUUGCACGAGGAGUUAAUGAAGCUACCUUCCUUCCCCAGGAAGGCAUUGGAAUCCGACAUGGAUUUAUACAAAGGUGGUGAAAUCGGGAAGCAAUUAUUAGGAUUGGAUGUUCUGCACAAGUUUAUGUGGAUUCGACUAAUCGCGCGAAUGUUUGAAGCGAUGGCUGGCAACUUUGCAUAUUCGGGGGACAUCCACCUGUUCUUAAACGUGUUAAAUGGAGCUUUUAUUAUACACUCGGAGGACAGUAUUAUUUUACGUUACGUCGUUGCAACGUACAUAAAUGCGGCGUUUCACUUCAAAAACAUAUUCUCAACCAAUGGGUACCUACUGAUAAUGCCUACUUUGCUAAAGAUUUAUUCAAACCAUCCAACAAAUAAGCUUGUAACGACAACUGUCGAGUAUGCUGUUAAACAGUUUUACUUAAUGAAUCGGAAACCAUUUAUAUUGCAAAUGUUUGGUUCAGUUUCGGCCAUUUUAGAUACAGAUGAAGAAGGAACUUAUGGUGACGCACAUAAGAUACAAUCAAGCUGUCUAUUCAACUUGCUGUUAAGCUUGGAAACACCCUCCCCCGAUCCCCUUAACAUAGGCGAAUUAGUCAAAGAAGAAAAACCGCUAAAAGCGAUCGAUUUUUGUUACCACGACGAAAACGAAAUGGUUACCAUUUUGGAUUGCAUUUCUCUGUGCGUUAUGGUGGUUUCGUAUGCAUCCGAAAGCGUACGAGGUUACCAAAUGUUGAUUAUUCUGGAGGCAAUCCUGCCUUGUUACGUUCAGCAUAUCCAGCUGCCGUCAUAUAACAAAGAAGGUAAAAGCGAAAGGGAGAUUUUGCAUCAAUUAUCGAUCGCUAUACGGACGUUAGUGAACAACUGUGAAGCUCUAACUAAAAGCUACAACGGACCAUAUAGAUCUAGUCCGGAACACAAGGGCUCCAGUCAACGGAACUAUAGUCGUGGUCCGUAUUCUCCAGGAUAUGAUUUUGAGGACGAAUCCCAUUCGAAAUUUAUGAGCGAACAUUCACGAGCUAAGACCAUAUACGAGCACGAUGUCGAGGAUUCGGAAGUGCUAAGGGCGGAGUACAGACGACCCCGCGAUGUACUGUUAUCGUUAGUCGGCGACUUCAUUUGCCGCGCAACUUCCCGCAUUCAGGAGCUUAAUAAAAAAACUAAUCAAGAGGGUAAAAUUAUUGAACUGUUGGAUAUCCGCUCGCACGUCCGACUGGCAGAUAUCGCACACAGCUUAUUGAAAGUGUCACCUUACGAUCCCGAAUCAAUGGGUUGCCGUGGUUUACAGCAUUACAUGACUUACAUUCUAUCGUCGACUGAAUGGGCGAACGAUGCCAUGAGACCAGCUCUUGUUACAAUACUGAGGAGGUUGGAUAAAGUUUUCCAAAAGAUAUCUAAAAAACCUUCAAUACGGCGGAAUACUGACUGGGAUGCUGCUGCUGGUUUGUUGAAAGGAAUAUACGACACAAUGGUAAAAUACCCUUACAUUAUGCAUUGGCAGCACAUUAAAGCUCUUAUCAAUACAUGUCAGACCUUAAUAGUUGGCGAGAGUUGCCCUACAGAAGGUGUCUCGUCGGCUACCGCGGCACUUAUGACCCAAACGCCACCGCAACAUUUCUGCUCCAUGGUGGUACGCCUCAUCGCGUUGCAGAUCCUUAAUAUACAGGACAUGUACACUUUAGAGCAGGUAUGCGGGGGCAGCUCAAUUUUGCCCACACAAGAUAAAUCAGAAAACAUGAUCAUGAACCUUAUAAUGCCGCUGUGUCUAAGAGUAGGUAGCGGGCGUAAAGAUGUCGGAGUGAUGAAACAAUCUGAUAUUAGUUUCGCUCUACUUUUGGUUCUGCAUUCUGUGAGUCCACCAAGCACCAAGGCUGCUAUUAGCACAGGUCAGAAUAUAAAAGCAGCUACUGAAAUGCGUGCUGGAAGUCUGACAUUUACAGGAACUCGAGACACUAAGGUGACGGCUCGCAUAAAUACCUCACUCUAUAAGGUCUCCUUUCUCGCUUUAAAGAUAAUGACGAUCUGUUUCGAAGGAGAACUUGUCGCGGAUUGGUCGAGAAUUUCGCGCACCAUGCGCGAACUCGGCAAACGUAACGAAGCGACCAGUUACCUGUGGGAUUUUCUCGAUUUCGUCGUCACGCAUCGGACUCCGUUAUUUAUCCUGAUGCAACCUUUAAUUUUUCAAAAGCUUGCGCAACCACCGAUAUCGGACUUCGAGCGUACUAUGCACUCCAAGAUCCGAGAUAAAAUUCGCAGCGUCGGAUUGCCGUUGCCCAAAAGCCGGGGAGCUUUGCUAAUGGAAUUGGCUCACGAAAUGAAGGAGCUGAAAGAAGAACUGGAAGAUACUUCAGAAAGCAGUACCGAGACCGGACGGAAACCUGAGUCUACUCAUCCUACAGUCCAAAUGACCAGCGAGGUUAACCAAGGGCGUCAUCAGCGACCGUCGUUGAUCGAAUUUCUAACCGGGGGUGAACUUGGUAGUCGUCACGGAUCGAAGGUCUUACCUGAUCAUCAUUCAAGUAUUUCGCAUCAACCUACUAAGGAAUCAUCAUCCAGUGCUAGUUACGGAUCAACCUCCAUACAAGGAAAUGUCAGUAUAAGUGAAGGGCCAGAAGCAGCACCUGAUAAUUCUGUUCCGAGUAAUGUAGUGAAUGAUCGUUCCCAGCAAUCUUCCAUUAGUGAUGAACAUGGCAUACAAAAAACUGAUUCACAACAUAAGGCACAUAAAUUACGUUUUGUUUCUUCUGUAGAACUUAGACACUCUUCAGGAGAAACCUCCACAACGCCUUUAAGUCCGGGAAGUCCAGCGGAUGAUAGUUCCGGCGAGUUGCACCCGAACAAGCCGCGCCUUCAAAGAGUCAAGGUUCAGAGUCGUAAAACUUUUCGAUUGCGCAAGAGUCGCAAAAGUCGCAUCGAAGUUUCGCACAUUAAUAUUGAACCAGAAGAAAUACCUGCAGUGACCACGCCAUCCCAGACGACCUCGCCCACAACUAUCCUCUCCGAACAAACUCCGGCAGAGCUAUCGGUUACGUCGAUUCCACAGCAGGUCUUUGAGCCUAACAAACUGAGAAUAUCCUUUCGCUCUAAACCUACUGAGGGAUCGUGGGACGAAGAUAGCGCAAUUUCUCACACAUCAAGCACGUCAGGCUACAGGGAAUCCUACCCCGUAAUGCAACUUAAGGAAUCCUUAGACUCGAGCCCCAAACCUUGUCCCCCACUUGCUUCGCCAGACAUUCACGAUCUGCCCUCAACAAGUAGCGCGGCGACCAAUUACAUCCACGGUGACAACAGCUCGCCGGAUUGCUCUUUAAAUGAAAAUGGAGAACGUACAGCUCUAUUAAGCCCAACGGAGCGUUCAUCGUCCCAGCAUUCUCUACUUAUGAUUUUUGACUCGCAGGAUGAAACCACACUGAUAUAAAUCCUAUGGUUUAUAACUAAUGUCAAUUAUUUAAUUGGAGUUUGUUCUUGCAAGAAUUAAAAACACUACAAUUAAAAUUGUAAAAGAUAUAAAUUAAUAAUAAAGCAUCCCGUUAGUUAUACAAUUA